CAUGCGGCUCCGGCUGUCCCUGGGCGCUCCCGCCGCCCUCAAGGUGUUCGCAGCCGCCGGCGCCGCGGCCGCGCCCCUGGGGACACACCUGGGCGGCCCCGCAGGUGAGCGGGGGCCGACCCUCCCCACACCCCCGGUGGGUCCGGGGCUGGAGCUGGAGCUGGAGAGCGGCACCGUCCUCUUCUCGCCCAACGCCAUCUGCCAGUAUUUCUACCUGUGCGGGGAGGAGCCCACCGACCUCACCCGGCAGUGGUUGGAGUGGGAGGCCACUGAGCUGCAGCCCGUCGCUGCCCACGCGCUGUACCUGCGGCUGGUUCAGGGCCGGGGGGACCCUGAGGUUCUGGGGGUCCUGAGGCCCCUCCUGACCCACCUGGAGCAGCACCUGGCGCGGAGCGGCUGCGCCCACCUGGCUGGGGAUGCCGCCUCGGUGGCCGAUGUCGUGGUGUGGGGGACUCUGUUCCCGCUGCUGCAGGACCAGACCAGUCUGCCCAGUGAGCUGCAGGUGCUGCGCUCCUGGUUCCGGGCCAUGUCGCAGUGGGGGCCGUGUCGCGAGGCGGCCGCGCUGCUGCCGCGGGAGCUGCCGGAGCUGCGGGCACACCUGGCCCAGCACCCCCCCCCUCACCUGGGCCCCCGCAGCGACCCCCAGGACGAGGAGGGGCCCGAGCGGGCGCUGACGGACGAGGACAUCGCGGCCGCCAUGGACACCUGGGCACGGGGACCUGAGGCACUGCCACCCCCCCGGGAGCCACGGACACCUGUGUUACCUGUGGAGGGCGAGAGGAACGUGCUGAUCACGAGUGCCCUGCCCUACGUCAACAACGUCCCUCACCUGGGCAACAUCAUCGGCUGCGUCCUCAGCGCCGACACCUUCGCCAGGUACUGCCGCGCCCGUGGGUGGAACACGCUGUUCGUGUGCGGCACCGACGAGUACGGCACGGCCACCGAGACGCGGGCGCUGCAGGAGGGGCUGAGCCCGCGCCAGCUCUGCGACAGGUACCACCAGGUGCACGCCGACGUCUACGCCUGGUUCCGCAUCUCCUUCGACCACUUCGGCCGCACCACCACGCCCCAGCAGACCAGGAUCGCCCAGGACAUCUUCCAGCGGCUGCAGGCGCGGGGGUUGGUGCUGCAGGACACGCUGGAGCAGCUCAGGUGCGGGGACUGCGGGCGGUACCUGGCUGACAGGUUCGUGGAGGGCACCUGCCCCUCCUGCGGCUACGCCGAGGCCCGCGGGGACCAGUGCGACCAGUGCGGGAAGCUCAUCAACGCUGUGGAGCUGCAGAACCCGCAGUGCAAGCUGUGCCGGGGGGUCCCGGUGGUGACGCCCACCCAGCACCUGUUCCUGGACCUGCCCAAGCUGGAGGGGCGGCUGGAGGCGUGGCUGGAGCGCACCUGGGCGGCAGGUGAGUGGACGCCCAACGCGCGGCACAUCACGCGCUCCUGGCUGCGGGACGGGCUCCGCCCGCGCUGCAUCACCCGCGACCUCACCUGGGGCACCCCCGUGCCCCUCGACGGCUUCCGCGACAAGGUGUUCUACGUGUGGUUCGACGCCCCCAUCGGGUACCUGUCCAUCACCGCCACCUACACCGAGCACUGGGAGCGCUGGUGGAAGAACCCCCAGCAGGUGGAGCUCUACAACUUCAUGGCCAAGGACAACGUGCCCUUCCACAGCGUGGUGUUCCCCUGCUCGCUGCUGGGCGCCGAUGACAACUACACCCUGGUGAGGCACCUCAUCGCCACAGAGUACCUGAACUACGAGGACGGGAAGUUCUCCAAGAGCCGGGGCGUGGGCGUGUUCGGGGACAUGGCCCGGGACACCGGGAUCCCCCCCGACGUCUGGCGCUUCUACCUGCUGUACCUGCGGCCCGAGGGCCAGGACAGCUCCUUCUGCUGGGCCGACCUGCAGCUCAAGAACAACUCCGAGCUGCUCAACAACCUGGGCAACUUCGUCAACAGGGCGGGCAUGUUCGUGGUGAAGUUCUUCGGGGGGUCGGUGCCCCCCAUGCUGCUGUGCCCCGAGGACCAGCGCUUCGUGGCGCGGGUGUCGCUGGAGAUCCGGCGCUACCACCGGCUCAUGGAGCGCGUGCGGCUCCGGGACGCCCUCAGGUGUGUCCUGGGCAUCUCCCGGCACGGCAAUCAGUACAUCCAGGUGAACGAGCCCUGGAAGCGCAUCAAGGGCGGGGAGGGGGACAGGCAGCGUGCUGGCACGGUGACAGGCGUGGCAGUGAACGUGGCGGCGGCGCUGGCGCCGCUCCUGCAGCCCUUCGUGCCGGGGGUCAGCGCUGCCAUCCAGGCCCAGCUCCAGGUGCCCCCCGAGCGCUGCGGCCUCGGCCCCGCCCUCACCUGCACCCUCCCCCCCGGGCACUGCGUGGGCACCGUGAGCCCCCUGUUCCAGAAGCUGGAGCCGGAGCAGAUGGAGGCCCUGCGGAAACGCUUCGGGGGAGGGCAGGCCAAACAGCCCCCACCAAGCGCAGCCCCCCGCAGCCCCUCGAGCCCGGCCCGGCCCGGGUGACCCCAGCUGGUCCAGGAGCUGACACAGGAGGUGGCCAAGCAGGGUGACCUGGUGAGGCAGCUGAAGGCGGCAGGGGGGGACAAGGCCCAGGUGGAUGCCGAGGUGGCCAAACUGCUGGAGCUGAAGCGGCGCCUGGCGCUGGCCCAGGGCACGACCCCCGAGGUGAACAAGGGCAAGAGGAAGAAGUAACCCCAGUGCCCCCAGUGCCCGGACUGGGCCACGCUGGGGAGCGGCCCCAGAGCCCCCAGGGAACAAACUGGGCCGUUACUGGUUGUGGUUACGUGUGUUUAAUAUAAACUACAAGAGCUGUACAAA